GCUGUUACAGCCCGUUCUGAGCUCUAUCAUGGCGGCGUCCUGUGCUCAAGACGGUGUGAAGGAGCGCGAUGCUGGGGUUUUUGUCUGCGCGGCAAGCGGGUUUGGAGGACCCUCUUUGCCUCCGGAGAGCGGAGUCCACACGGAGAGUUUUGGGACUGGAAUUAAACAAAGACAGAGAUGUUGAAAGAAUCCAUGGCAGUGGAGUUAACACCCUUGACAUUGAACCUGUUGAAGGAAGAUAUAUGUUAUCAGGUGGUUCAGAUGGUGUGAUUGUGCUUUAUGACCUUGAGAACUCCAGCAGACAACCUUAUUACACAUGUAAGGCAGUGUGUUCCAUUGGCAGAGACCAUCCUGAUGUUCACAAAUACAGUGUAGAGACUGUACAGUGGUACCCUCAUGACACGGGCAUGUUCACAUCAAGCUCAUUUGAUAAAACUCUGAAAGUAUGGGAUACAAAUACAUUACAAACCGCAGAUGUAUUUAAUUUUGAGGAAACAGUUUAUAGUCAUCAUAUGUCUCCAGUCGCCACCAAGCACUGUUUGGUAGCAGUUGGUACUAGAGGACCCAAAGUACAGCUUUGUGACUUAAAGUCUGGAUCCUGUUCUCACAUUCUACAGGGUCACAGGCAAGAAAUACUAGCAGUUUCUUGGUCACCACGUUAUGAUUAUAUCUUGGCAACUGCAAGUGCUGACAGUAGAGUAAAAUUAUGGGAUGUGAGGAGAGCAUCAGGAUGUUUGAUUACUCUUGAUCAGCAUAAUGGGAAAAAAUCACAAGCUGUUGAAUCAGCAAACACUGCUCAUAAUGGGAAAGUUAAUGGCUUAUGCUUUACAAGUGAUGGGCUUCACCUCCUGACUGUUGGCACAGAUAAUCGAAUGCGGCUCUGGAAUAGUUCCAAUGGAGAAAACACACUAGUGAAUUAUGGAAAAGUUUAUAAUGACAGUAGAAAAGGAUUGAAAUUCACUGUCUCCUGUGGCUGCAGUUCAGAAUUUGUUUUUGUACCAUAUGGUAGCACCAUUGCUGUUUAUACAGUUUACUCAGGAGAACAGAUAACUAUGCUUAAGGGACAUUAUAAAAGUGUUGACUGCUGUGUAUUUCAAUCUAAUUUCCAGGAACUUUAUAGUGGUAGCAGGGACUGCAAUAUUCUUGCUUGGGUGCCAUCCUUAUAUGAACCAGUUCCUGAUGAUGAUGAGGCUACAACCAAAUCACAGUUAAAUCCAGCCUUUGAAGAUGCCUGGAGCAGCAGUGAUGAGGAAGGAUGAUUGUCGACCUUUAGUACCUUUGUGUCUCUGCUGAUGAAACUUUUUACAUAGAACUGUUUAAAUAGGAGUGUGUGGGCUUUUUUUUAACUGUCUUGUCAAUUGCCGAUAACUGAAUUUGGAUAAUUUCCCCCCAUGUUUUAAAACGAGGUUAAUAUUUGCAUAAAAUCCUAAAACAUUUCUAUAUAGUUUAUCAAAACAUGUCUCCUUAAUCCCACUUGUGGCCUAAGGCAACCCCUGUUGUUACAGUACAAGGACACAAGCCACUGUGCCUCAGUUGGGACCUUCAGCAGAUUCUGUGAACUAAAAGAUGCAGUAAGAUGUGCAGCUGAUCAUAGGAUCAGCAAGUAGAGGUUAUCAGCAUUGACUUUCUCAUACUGGCUGUACCAUCAGCCUGCUCAUUUCCACCUUCAAGAAUGAUUUUACUGAGGACGAUUACAUCAAAAAUAGUAGUUGGAAAGGUAUGGUCAAAAUUAUUCUAUACUUUCUUAUUUGUGUGUUCACAUUUUACAAUGAUUUCAUUUAGUUGACCGUUGUCUAGCUUUAUGUUAAAUAUUUUUGGACUCAGUUUCUCCCACAAUCCAAAAAGUACGCCACAGAAGGCUUUUAAGUUGGCAAAAAUCCCAUGUUUACUUUAUUUGAGUGUCAGAGGGCAGCUUAUACUCAUGCUUGAACUCCCUUUCUAUGAAACUCAUUAAGAUAUGACCAAAUCCUGCUUCAUUCAUCCAAACAGAAAUGUCCUGGCAGGGAAUCUGGCUUAAACAUAAAAUGUUGUCAUAAAAUUUCUAUUUUAUUAUCUC